GCAGAGGUGUGUCAGAUGCCGCGACGGAGAGACGUGAGCGGCCGCGUCGCGACGCAGCGCGCCCGCGCGUCCGCGCUCGCCCUUAUCUCCUUAUCACCCCUUAUCAAUUACUCACCGCGAAACCGCUCGCUCCUCGCCAGUUGAUUUUCACGCGUGCGAUUACGAUUGCCAGAUGUGAUUACCAUUAAAUCAUGACUGAAUUGUGUUAUGCUAAAUUGUCUGUGUUUAUUGUGCUCCUCUUAGUUUUGGAUGUUGGCGGUCAAGCUCAACAACAGCUAUUUAACAAACUGGUAUGCAUAGAGAAAGAAGAGUGCGGUGCAUGUCUCACUGCGGCGUCUCAUUGCCGCUGGUGCGCCGACCCUUACUUCGACAACAGGGUGCCGCGGUGCAACGAUGAUGAAAGUUUGGUGGCGGCGGGGUGCGGGCAGGGCAUGAUCCAGCGGCCCCUGAGUCCUCUCUGGGAGACAGUGGAGAGCAGACCUCUUCAGGACAUGCAGGCUGACAGUGUGGAGGACGUGGUGCAGAUACAGCCGCAGAAGUUGCGCCUUUCUCUCAAACCAAGAGAAACAAAAAAAAUAAAGUUCAAGUACCGUCCUGCGAAGAACUAUCCUCUGGAUCUAUACUACCUGAUGGAUCUGACAUGGUCCAUGAAGGAUGAUAAGAAGACGCUGGUAUCGUUGGGAGACGACUUGCUGGCUAUGUUGAAGAACUUGACUGACAAUUUUAGACUAGGUUUCGGCAGCUUCGCCGACAAGCCCAUGAUGCCCUACGCCUACAUGGACCCCAACCGACUGAAGAACCCCUGCGCGCUGGAAGACCAGAGUUGCGAGAUGACUUACAGCUAUAGACAUCAUUUGUCGCUCACCACUGAGGUGAACGACUUCAUAGAGAAGGUGAACAAGAGUUCGGUGACGGCAAAUCUGGACAAUGCGGAGGCACAACUAGAAGCUCUGGUGCAGACGGUGGCGUGUGACGUCAUCGGCUGGGAACCGCGAUCCAGGAAGAUUGUUAUACUACUGUCAGACGGGUUGAUGCAUACUGCAGGAGAUGGCAAGAUCAGUGGUUCAGUAAGGAGAAAUGAUGAAGCUUGCCAUUUGGACGAGAACGGCUACUACUCUGAAGCUCCCACUUACGACUAUCCGUCUAUAGCUCAAGUAUACAGACUUUUAGAUGAAUACAAGGUUAACGUAAUUUUUGCUGUUACUAAUGACGUCAAAAUACACUACGAUCAACUACACGAGUUGCUGAAAGAUUUCACGUACGUCGCUAAGUUGGAAAGCGACAGUUCUAAUAUAUUGAAGCUAGUCAAAAUGGGUUACGAAGAUUUUGUGAGCGUGGUUGAUUUUGAGGACAAUUCCAAUUUGGGGCCGAUAAAGAUUAAAUACUUUAGUGAUUGCGGAGAGCCAGGCGGGCCUUUGGUGGAGACGACGCGGUGUACGGGCGUCGAAUAUGGGAUGACGUUGAAUUAUGAAGCUUAUCUUACUUUGGAAUCGUGUACUGAUUUCAAAAUGUAUUACGAAGAUAUUCUAAUCUCCGAGAGCCAGCUUGGGCAGGACACUCUGAGCCUUGAAGUACAGAUCCAGUGCGGUUGCAACUGCUCCGGGGACCAGCUCAAGGACAUGGCCUUGUCUUGUCCUUUGAACUCCCAUCCAGUGUGUGGCGUCUGCCAGUGCGACAACGGAUGGUCGGGCCCCAAAUGCACUUGUUCAAUCGCCGACGAUACAGCAUCAACUGAGCUUAUGAUGCAAUGUCGAGCUCCUAACUCGACGAGGAGCUGCUCCGGCGCGGGAGACUGUUUGUGUGGGAAGUGCCAGUGUGACCCCGGCUUCCAGGGCCGCUACUGCCAGUGUCAGACCUGCGAAGUCAGCACAGAGAACGGACUAGAAUGUGGAGGAGAAGAUCGCGGAUCGUGCGCGUGCGGGGAGUGCGUGUGCGCAGACCACUGGGGCGGCGUCGCCUGCGACUGCGCACUCAGCAAUGAGACGUGUAUAGCGCCGGGGAGUAAGGAAGUUUGCUCCGGACACGGAACUUGUGAAUGUGGCCAAUGCCUGUGCGGGCUGACCGACGCCAGCCCCCCGAGCCGAUACUCGGGCGCGUACUGUGAGACGUGCGCGUCCUGCCAGAACCCGCUCUGCGCCACCUCCCAGCCGUGCGUGUCCUGCCAUCUGGAGCAGGGCUGUGACCGCCCCUGCUCCAUCGCCAGCGGCAACUAUACUGUCGUCGAGAACUACAACACCACAGGAGCGAUAAAGAGUACCGACAUCAGCUGCAUAUUCCGUAUCGACGACUGUGAGUACAGAUACACAUACGCUGCGGCCUCCAAAGACUCGAUCGACAUGGAAAUCAUCAUACGGAGUAAGGAGUGCUCGCAGAUCAGUAGAGCGAGAAUCAUGAAUGUUGGGUUUGCAAUCAUGUUGUGCAUCGUAGUGGCAGGAAUUGUGGUCAUUUUGAUUGUUAAAAGUCUGCAAAUUGUGUCUGAUAGAAGGGCCUAUGCUCAGUUUGUGAAGGAAGCGGAGAUGAGUCGGCUGGAUCAACAGGAGUUGAACCCGAUUUAUAAGUCCCCGAUUUCCCAGUUUACUAUGCCUGAAGGGUAUCCUAGAGAUAAGAUGGAAUGAAUUGAACUGGUUUAAUAGUUACAAUGCGCAGCCACUACAAAAUUAUACCUACUAAUAUGUUUUACUUUGAUGACAUGGCUAAGAUCACCUUGAGACAAGGAAAAUUUUGUGAUUAACUGUAAAUAAAUACUUGAUACCUAAUUAAAAUAUUCCACUUAACAACACUACUCAAAAUAGGUGUAAAUUGUCACGUUUCCAAUAAAAGUACUUAACUACGAAUCGUAGAUCGUAGUAGUCGUACGGUCGAAUAUAAUCAUAGUAGUCAUACGGUCGAAUUGCAUAGUUUGCAAUGGGUGAUAUACAUAGGUCAGUGUGUUUUAGGUAAAAAUAUGGAACAUGCAGCUUACUCAAGAGCUUGUUGUAUGUGUAAAAAUAAUGUUUAGUAAUAAUUAUAAAAACUUUUUGUACCUAAUUAUUUUAAGCACAUUAAGUUACUACGUACUUAAUACUUUUAAAAUUUUUGCAUACCUACCAGCACGAAUCGUUACAUACUUAAUAAUCUACUUAUAACAUCAGAAUAGAAGUAAUUUCAUAUUGAAUUUGUCUUAUCUAUUGAAAUUAUUGCAAAUACAAGUCCAAAGAAUGUCUGUCUGUAUAUUUAUUAUAGAGAGAGAGGUUAGCCUGAGACUUCUUAAGAACAUAAUCGUAUCGAGAAUGUCAAAAUGUGUGUGGAAAAUUCAUAGUUCCGAGUCACCAAUGUGGUGUCACCACACAGUGGGGCAUACAACUUUGUUUUGUUUGGUAAAUAAUACCAGAGAGUCCAGUAUUAUUUUAUAUAAUGACAUCUUAUUUAUCUACUAAAAUUAUCAUUAGUAAUUAUCAAUUAUCAGUUGCCUUGGAAAAGCAUGAAGAAUUGAAAAGUGAUUGUGUUAGAUAGACAAAAUAAUAUUGAUGAUUAUGAUUUCUAUUUUCCUUAUACCAAUCACGUCGUCGAUUAAUAGGGCAGUUAAUUUAAAAAAUUAAAAUUUGGCACAGUUUAUUUAGGGUACGAUAGAAUAGUAUCGUUGUUAAUUUUCUACAUAAAUGAUGUUAUCAAUAUGUUUUCGGAAGAAAAAAAAACCUCAGUUAUCCACCGUGUAUAAAUUUUGCAUAAAUACCUACUUAAUAUGACAGGAGCUGACUAGAAUCGUGAUUUUAUGAUGAUUUACGUGAUUUAGGUAGAAGUAGCAUGUUUUUGAAUUUAACAUAUGUCACAAUUUUCACUAGUCUUUUGCAUUAAUGUACUUAUUAAUUUAAUGACAAUUAUUGUUAUAUAAGUUCUUAAUUUUAAUUAAGUUAAUGCAAUUAAGAAAUCUACAUUUGUUAAUUAAAAAUAAAACAGUUUUGAAAUGGUA